CACUGAUUUUACGUAGGUACGGGUUCCAGGUUUCUAUUGGAGAGAGUUCGAUGGAACUAUUCCAGAAGACGCGUUUCCUGCCGGUGUAGACAUGUUCAACAGGCCAAUUUAUAUAGGACAAGCCUUGUACAACAACAUGUUAAUUCCCGCAACCAUUUACGAGGACGACAAAACAGCAUACUUCGAGCAUGGUGGAAGGGAACAACAUGGAACAGAAAAUGUUAAGAUCUUUUGUACGGAUGCCCCAGAUCAGUUCGAGUGGAUACGCACGAACACCAAAGACAUCAAGACAAUUCCAAGCAAAUUUUUAUUUAGGGCGGGGUACGAACCGAACAUAUCGACGUAUAUUGGUAGGAUUCGAGCUUAUGGGGAGGUUUUGGUAGGGAAGGUGAAUGCCGAAAGUGGAAGUGAUGGCUUGCGCGUUGUUCGAAAAGGCAAAGCUAAAACAUUCACCACCAACUAUGAUGUGCUCACAUACAAACAACACUCUACUAUUAUUGUGAGGUGACCUUUUAGCCUUAAUACGUAGGUCAACGAGGUCAACUAGUUAUCGUUUAUCCAACUGAUUUUAAAAUAAAGCUUCGUUUAUUUAUUGGGCUUUGUAUUUAAACCACGAAAUUUGAAUCGAUUGUCAUCAUUUAAAAAUUACAAUUUCCAAAAUAUAACUUCCCAUAACAUCAGAUGACACUCUCGAUCCCAAUGAUGUUUCAUUCUCAGUCGCUUUACUGCACCGCGAACCAUGUCCGGAUCUUGCAGUGCUUUAAGCGCCAAAAAUUCGGCCAUGACUCUUCCGACUGCCGUAGUGAACUUCAAUGCGGUUACUGCACAGGUUUCUAUUGGAGAGAGUUCGAUGGGACAAUUCCAGAAGACGCCUUUCCUGCCGGUGUAGACAUGUACGACAGGCCAGUUUAUAUAGGACAAGCCUUGCACAGAGCGACAUGUUAAUUCCAGCAACCAUUUACGAGAACGACAAGACAGCAUACUACGAACACGGUGGGAGGGAACAACAUGGUACAGAAAAUGUUAAGAUCUUUUGUACGGAUGCCCCAGAUCAGUUCGAGUGGAUACGCACGAACACCAAAGACAUCAAGACAAUUCCCAGCAAAUUUUUAUUUAGGGCAGGGUACGAACCGAACGUAUCGACGUAUGUCGGAAGGAUUCGGGCUUUUGGGGAGGUUUUGGUAGGGAAGGUGAAUGCCGAUAGUAGAAGUGAUGGUUUGUACGUUGUCCGAAAAGGAAAUACCAAAAGCUUCACCACUAACUAUGAGGUGCUCGCAUACAAACAACAGCCGGAUCUGCCUACUAUUAUUCUAAGAUGACCUUUUAGCCUUAAUACGUAGAUCAAGGAGGCCAACUAGAUAUCUCCUCUCCAACUUGUUAAACAAUACAGCGCUGUUUAUCUAUUGGCAUUUGUAUUUUAACCAUGAAAUUGAAUGAAUUGAUUUUACACACAUAAAAUAAACUGAAAAAUCCAUCUACAAAAUGCAAUCGGCGAUUGGGUAUCAGUGCUCUAUGGGAACUGUAGAGUUUUGCAAAAUAGAAGGUACAAUCUAAUUAAAUUCUGUUUGAAACGUCAAAGAGGUUAAUUUCUGUCAUGGUUGAAGAAGGGACGAUCUUUUUGGACGAAGUAUUUUUAUUAAUUCUGAUAAGAGGGGAUGAAGGAAGUGGUCCCUGCUCGUCUUGGUUAAGCAGACUCCACCUCCGUGUAAAUAGCAGAAAAUCGCAGCCUCUAAAAACUUCAACAUACCCGAAUGACCGUAGGCGUGCGGAAUUACGCUA